AUGGAUGCUUUUGAGACUCAUCAACCGAGAGAGAUAACUGAUCCUCUGUAUAACUCCUCUAAUCUCAGGAGUGAAGAGUGUGUCGUGGCCGGGAAGAUUCCUCGGCAGAGGUCAUCAGUCUUUGAUUUGGACAAAGAAGGUUUUAGCCCUCUGCAUGCGGCUGCAGGAACCGGUCAAGUAGAGACCGUGAGGGCAAUUUUGGGAAUCGACAAGAAACUUUGCCGGCUUAAAGGUAGAGAUGGAAAGACUCCACUUCAUGUGGCAGCGAUGAGAGGCAAAACCGACGUGAUCAGAGAGAUUGUGUCCAGCUGUGUUGAUUGCGUAGAAGACGAGACGGUUCAAGGUCAAACUGCUUUGCAUAUCGCUGUUAUGCACCAAGAGAUUGGAGCGGUGGUAGCUAUUGUUGAGUUGAUCACAGUGAUGAAUCGAAUUGAAGUGUUGUACAAGAAAGAUGAACAGGGUAACACUCCUCUUCAUCUAGCGACCUGGAGAAAAAAUCGCCAGGUGAUUGAAGUGUUGGUUGAGGCAAUACCAGAAGAGUCUAAGACUUUUGAGGUGAAUGCAAUGAACAAGAUGGGUCUCUCUGCACUGGAUUUGCUGGUUAUGUUUCCGAGCGAAGCUGGCGAUAGAGAAAUCUAUGAGAAACUUAUCCAAGCUGGAGCUCAAAGAGGGAGCGAUAUUGGUACCACCACCAAUAUCCAACGAACCACUUCUUCUACUUCCGCAUGCCAAGAGAGAGCAAUGGAGUCACAAAGCCAUAAAGAUCUCGUAAAAUACUUCACAUUCAAAAAGCACAGAGACUCGCCAUCAGAGGCACGUAGCGCUUUACUGGUGGUGGCUUCGCUCGUCGCGACAGCCACCUUCCAGGCCAGCCUGACUCCACCAGGUGGAACCUGGCAAGACAGCUACACGCCUGCCUCUUCCCAGAACACAACGAGCGUGAAAACACCAAGCCAACAACCUUAUAUAGCAGGGCAGUCUAUCAUGGGGACAUUCAACGGAAUCGCUUUCACUUUGUUUGUCUUCUUUAACACGAUUGGGUUUUCGGUUUCGCUUUCUAUGCUGAAUAUUCUCACCCUCGGGUUCCCGUUGCGGUUCCAGCUUCAGAUCUGUAUGAUGGCUAUGUACUUCUCCCACAACACGGCCAUGACCAGCGUGGCGCCUGAUCAUGUGAAGCUUUACUGCAUUCUCAUCACGUCUAUCCUUGCUGCUGCCACUCCAGCUUUGAUGAGGUUGCUUGAGAAGCCUAUUGCCAUGCUCUGUCAAUUAUGGGACUCCAUGUUACAGAAAAUCUGUUGUCAGUAGAGGAUAUUUCAUGUAGAGGUGGUGUAACAUAAAAGCCAAGUUCGUUAUCUAUCUUCAGAUGCCUGUUAUUAUUAUAUUACAGAUAAUGUUAUGAGUAAUGAAGACACAAUGUGGACUACCCCUAAAAA